AAGAAAUACUAGGUAACAUAAGAUGUUACUGCCAAAGUGCAUCUGACAUGCCAACUCAAUUUACCAAAACUUCAUUUUUUGACUAUUAAAGCACGUAUGACCAUGCAGAACUAAAUAAACUUACACUCCCUGUCAUCUUCAUCACAUAUAUAUAAGGCGUAGCUAGUUCUUGAGAUCGAAAGAAAGAAAUUAUACAGACACAGAGAAAUGGAGAGGAAGAGAAGAAUUGCGGGUAUGAUUAUGGCAGCAAUGGCGGUGAUGAUUAAAUGUGCAGAAAGUAGGCUUCUUAAGAUUGGAGAGAGAGGAUGGAUUCCUGAUUAUAACUAUACUGAAUGGUUGAAUCAGCGGCAUAAUCAUUUCUAUGUUGGUGAUUGGCUAUUAAACCAGACAAGUUAUGAGGACUGCAAUGACCAAGGCUUCAUAUUCAAUGUAACCAGGGGUGGCAGGGAUGUUUAUCAACUGAAAGAGGCUAGGCCAUAUUACUUCCUGAGCAGCGGCGGAUACUGCUGGAAUGGAAUGAAAUUAGCCAUCUCCGUUGAAGAACUUGCACCCACUCCGGCCCCUGCACCACCUGCCAAAAGUGAUUCUCCUUCUUCAAGUACUUGCACAUAUACGAUGAUUCUGCCCGUUUCGUUUUAUGUGGCUUUAGCUUGGGUUGUCUUCCUCAAACCAUAGUCCAUUUCCAUUCGACAUAGAGGUUCAAGGAUUUUCUUUUUCUUUUUCUUUUUCUUGUUCUUUUUUCUCUUUUUCUUUUCCUUUAACUUUGCCUUUUUCUUGACAGAUCUUGUUUUCAGUGUGAAAGUUUUAUAUGAAAUGGAAGCGUUAAUGUGACUGAAUUAAUUUUAUUUA